ACCAGAAACCAGUUUAGAGAAAUCCUGGUUGAAGAGAGAGAGAGAGAGAGAGAGAGAGAGAGAGAGGAAGGUCUGGUGCAUGUCACCGUCUGAGCCGCAAAAUAAAGCGCUCUCGCCGUGCGCAGUUUUGGAAGACAGCUUUGACUCCGCGGUGCGUCCCGAGGUUCCGCAACGCAAUCAUUGCCCGCUGCACACCGAGCUCACCAGCGCCGUACACGCGUUUGCGUUUAACUCCUCGUUUUGGACUUUGGGCUUUGUUUUGGCGCGCGCAAUGAUGGCCACUUACCAGAACCCGGAGGACGACGCAAUGACCCUGAUGAUCCACGACAGCAACGCCGCGAAGGAGAAGGAGCGACCCAAAGAGGAGCCGGUGCAGGAGAAGGUCCCGGAGAAAGCGGACCCGUCCCAGAAGCCGCCGUACUCCUACGUCGCCCUCAUCGCCAUGGCGAUCCGGGAGAGCUCCGAGAAGCGGCUCACUCUGUCCGGUAUUUACCAGUACAUCAUCACCAAGUUCCCCUUUUACGAGAAAAACAAAAAGGGUUGGCAGAACAGCAUCAGGCACAACCUGAGUCUCAACGAAUGCUUCAUUAAGGUCCCGCGGGAGGGCGGCGGGGAGAGAAAGGGCAACUACUGGACACUCGACGCGGCCUGCGAGGACAUGUUCGAGAAGGGGAACUACAGGAGACGGCGCCGGAUGAAGCGGCCGUUCAGACCUCCGCCGACGCACUUCCAGCCGGGCAAGUCGUUGUUCGGGGGAGACGGCUACGGCUACCUGCCCCCGCCCAAGUACCUGCAGUCCAGCUUCAUGAACAACUCGUGGUCGCUAGGCCAGCCGCCCGCCCCGAUGCCCUACACGUCCUGUCAGAUGGGCGGCGGCAACGUGAGUCCGGUGAACGUGAAGGGGCUGUCGGCGCCGUCCUCGUACAACCCUUACUCCCGGGUGCAGAGCAUGGCGCUCCCCGGCAUGGUGAACUCUUACAACGGCAUGGGUCACCAUCACCACCCCGCGCACCCCCACCACUCCCAGCAGCUGAGCCCGGCCACGGCGGCCCCGCCUCCGGUCUCCUCCGGCAACGGAGCGGGCCUCCAGUUCGCUUGCUCCCGUCAGCCGGCGGAGCUCUCGAUGAUGCACUGCUCUUACUGGGAACACGAGACCAAACACUCGGCGCUACACACGAGGAUUGAUAUUUGAAGUUUACCGAAAUUGUCUCCGUUUAAAAAAAAAAAAGAAUUAAAAAAAAUAAUGAGGAGUCUCGAGAGGAAGAAGAGUAAAUUCCCGUGAUUUCAAAAACAGAACCGAGAGUAUUUUUUUUUGUUCUCUGAUGGGGACCGUUCUCGACGAGCGUGCGUUGGUCCAGCUGACAUCCGUGCGUGCCGAUGGAGAUUUACGCGCUAUCGAUGUGGAAAGAGUUUUGCUGGAUGGAAUCGGGGGGGGGGGGGGAGAAAGAAGUCCCCGGGACGCACCGGGUAGCACAACCUCUGGGAGCCAUUUCGUGCGCGCCUGCAUUAAUCUCGGACUGAUGGCCGUAGCUCGGCAGUGUUGUCACACGUGUGCCUUUUGAUGAAAACGUGCAUUUUCACGGGCACGUACAUUGCUGACAUCGCCGACGCUGUGUCUUUUUUCGCAUGCGUAAUGAUUUCUCUCAGCUUUACGCACGGCUUAUCCCGACUGUUGCCAAAUGAAACGGGGACAUGAAAUGACCUAAUUAUGUCAGUGCUUUUAGUGUGUUAUUGAAUCAGAGCUCAAUUUGGCCCUCUUAACUUGCACUGAGCAAGGCCUGCACGGCGAAACCUCACCUGCUGCGUGAACUCUGUUGGGUUAAAGGGUGAACGUGUGGGGAGAGAUCCAGACCGCCAGCAAUACAAUUCAGGGUUUUCUCAUUCAAUUCAUUGAUCCCACGUGUAUGAUAUAUAUAAGACGCCAGCCAGUGCCAGGUUUUUGUUAAUCUUUGUGAUUAGUAUUAUUAUUUUUAUUUUUUUAUAAACGUGAUUAGCUUUAUUGUCUCAUUCAUGUUGGGGCCAUGUUUCGUUUUAAUUAGCACUUUUCAUUCUUUUCUAGGUUUGUGAAUUUCUUAAUAAACUUGUAUUUCUUAAAGUAAAAAA